AUGACAAGCCCGACAUCACGAGCAAUCUCUCGACUGGGCAUCGGCUCCUACAGGCUGGCCCUGGGCGUCCCCGAGCACGAGCGAAUCCUCUACAGAGCCCUCGAGCGUCAAAAAGACCCCCGGCUCAACAUCAACCUCAUCGAUACCUCUUCCAACUACUCCAACGGCCGGAGUGAACAGCUCAUCGGGAAGGUCCUAUCGAACCCUCGACAUAACACGUUACGUCGGGACGAGAUUGUGAUAGCGACAAAGUUUGGGUACAUCCAGAACGAGAACAUGCGGCUCCUCUCUGAAGGUGUCUUCCAGAGGGUUCCGCCGGAAGAGAUUGUCGAGUACUCACGGGAAUGCUAUCACUCCAUCCACCCAGAGUUCAUGAGAGACCAGCUCACUCGGUCACUGGAAAGACUCAACACCAAAUACGUCGACAUCCUGUUUGUCCACAAUCCAGAGUACUUUUUGAUGACCAACGUUAAAGGCACCGAGGACAACGUCAAAAAGCACCAAACCAUCCUCCUGAACAGGUUAGCCAUCCUAUUCGAAGAACUGGAACGAGAGAUCGAAAAGGGUAGGAUUAGGGCCUACGGGAUCAGCAGUAACUCUUUCUCGCUCAAACCGUCCCAUGCACAUUUCUUGCCGUACCAGGAUCUGAUCAAGAUGGCGACCAGUGCCUUUGACCGGAUGAGGGUUCAGAGGGACCAGGAGCAUGCUUUGUUUCUCGAGCAGCAGCAACAACAGCAACCCUCAGGAGGUGUUAUUUCAGGUGGCAGGAGUGGAGGAAAGGUGUUCCCGCCAAGUAACAGCAGCAGUUUCAGCACCACCGCCAAAACCACACCCCUCUCACCCUCCCAAAAACCAGGACAGGGUUCUACCUCCGAGAAACGUGCCUCACAACCAACACCACCAAAAAUAGUCAACCGCACAACCCAUGGCCUAGGCUACCUCCAAAUGCCCGGAAAUCUACUCGAAACCGAGGGUCUCCACACCACAGCCAAAUGGGCCAAAGCCAAAAACCUCUCCGUCUUUAUCAACCGACCCCUCAACGCCAUGUCUCCCGAAUAUGGCCCUGCGCGUUUGGCUUCUUACCCGCCACCGCUUGCUCCGACCUACGCGGAGGCCAAGGAUGAGAUUCUGGGAGCAUUUGUGGCGCUAGGUAAGCAGAGGGAGUACCUCCAGUCAAAAAUGGGGAGGUUGAAGGAGAUGGUUGAGGGGUUGGAUGGGUCGUUGAAGACGGACAAGCUGUCAAUUAUUCAGAUGGAGGGUGCCUCGGUUAGGAACCAGUUACAUCAGGAGUUGGCAAAACCCGUUCCUGUCCCCUCCAAGACCAAGGGUUCUGGUACCACUUUGGGCACCGCGUCGUCGUCAUUGUCACCGGUUGCAGCUGCAGCAGUCGACGCCAUCAGGACCUCUCCCACUUCAACAAAGCCCCAUACUCCCCCAUCCACCUCCACAACGCCACCCUCCUCCACGACCCAUGGCACACACGGAAAAGUCACCGAACAUGAACUCGACCACCUCAUAAAAUCCCUCGACCAUUUCAUCCACGCCUUCCACCAACAAGUUCGCUUUCAAGAAUCCACCCGGAUCCGCAAUAUCAUGACCGAACGCGGUGUCAACCUGAAGGAAGUGCCGAUCGAACAGUUUGCGGUCGAGUACUUGUUGGAGCAUGACCAGGUUGAUGCUGUGUUGGUGGGUAUGAAGAGGGAGCCGUAUGUUGAUUUCGCGAGAGGGGUGUUAAAGUCCUUGGUUACUCCUCAACCUCCCCCUUCUUCGUCUUAG